AUGAAUUCCCAGACGAUGGAGAGAUCCUGGUCUUCUGCAACCACGAGAGAUGCGAAGGCUGCCCGGUCUGGCAUCCCCAGAACCAGCCCCAGCCCCAGCCUGCCGUGCCCCAAGUUGCGCCGCCACAGCCGGUCAUGUUUCCCCAGCCGCCGCCCUGGCUUUGGCCUCCUCAGCCGAGGAACAACGUUCCGCGUGUCUCCAACACCAUUUUCGGCGACCUCGCGGCGGCGAGGGGAGAGUUCGGGGGCUAUGCCAAAGAGACCGGGGUCUAGCGCUCCUUGGCUCUUGGAGCAGACACCCUCGGCUCUCCCUCGUCUGCCAGAGCAAAGCGCCCUCGCUCCGGCUCCGACAGCGGCAGCGGCAGCAGCAGCAACAGCAACAACCUCAGCCCUCCCUCCAAAAGGAGGAAGCUGUCUGCACCCGGCCCCGGCCGCCCCUCCUCCGGCGAGGAAGAGGAAGAGGAAGAGGACGAAGACGAAGACGAAGAAGAAGACGACAACAGCGAUGACUUUGGCUCCGGCCCCGACUCUCGCCCUGGUCCUGGCCCCGGCCCGGGCCCCGGUUCGCCUGGCUCUGGGAGGCCGGGCGCCGCGAGGGGGGUACACGACGACGACAAGCUCGGCCGCAGACGGGAAGGUCGCCCCUUGCUUUGUUGUGAGAUUACUUUUGGGUGUGGGAGGGGUGGAUGGUGGUGGCGGCGGUGGUAGAGGAGGACGAGGUGGUGCUGGUGGUAGUGGUAGUGGUAGUGGUAGUGGUAGUGGUAGUGGAAUGGAUAAUGUCGAGGUGAUGAGAUAA